UGUAGUCCACAAGAAGGUACACUGUCGAGCUCCUGAAUGUAUGCUGUGAUCUCUGCCUCUGUGUGCGUGCGUAUGUCUUGCAUGGCAGGACAUGAGAACAGAAAUCUUGGUGCCAUCUCAAAUUCAAGAAAAGCAAACUCGGAGCUUUGGUGGGGUCGAAAUUAUUCCUUUUUUGACAACUAGGCACCAGAUUUCUGUGUGGUUGUGCUCUCUGGAAUUCCCCCCAGAAGUUCCCCCCUUAUUUGUUUAAGCUUGUACCCCACCCGUUUAGUGGACAAGCCACUAACUGCUCCAGGCAGCUUCCAGAAAAACAUAAAAAAAUAUGCGACAUGCAGUAUUAGUUAUAGAAGACCUGAGUUCAGUUUGGGCAUGGUUUUGCUUUGCUUAAAGUCUCCUUUCUCUGCAGAAACCUGACUCCCUCUUGGCUCGCACGCCCCUUUUUGCACGUUGGGAUGCAUAAAGCACGAAUUGUUGGCCCUCUCGAGCUGUGUUUGGAACCAGGAGAAAGGUUUGCUUAAAUACUGUCCGGGGGGGGUGCCACCUCGUAGGGGUGGGCCUUUGGAGGAGCCCUCUGAGACUUUUGAGAUGGAGGCCGAACCCCCCCUCGGCGGUCAGCUGGUCUUGGGAGUCGAUCCGCCAAGGGGCAGCGAUGGGGCAGCCGAAGAGGAUCCUGUACCUGCCACGAAGGUGCCCAGGCUUAAUGGGGGCCAGGAAGGCGAGAGGGUGGUUGUGGAGAGCGUUCCUGGACCACCGUGCGCCGAAGACAAGGGCAAAGGGGACGCCGCCCCGCAUUUUGAGAAGGGGGAAGAAGAAGGAAAGAUGGAAGAAGACGCGGAGGGUGGAGAGGAAGCAGAAGGAGGAGAGUAUUACUUCCCCCCGUACGACUUCUCUCAGCCCCCGAAGCUUCUGACCGGCUCUUGGGAAGAAUACAGUCGUGUUCCGGAGAACUUCCUGAAAGGCUGCAAAUGGGCUCCGGACGGGACCUGUCUGCUCACCAACAGUGCCGACAACACCUUGCGCAUUUACAACCUUCCUGCCGAGUUGUACGCGGAGGAGUGGGGGACGCUCGCUGAAAUGAGCCCUGUGCUACGCAUGGCAGAAGGCGACACUAUCUACGACUACUGUUGGUUCCCGCUGAUGAAUUCCUCCGACCCGCAGACUUGUUUCGUGGCCAGCAGCAGCCGCGACAACCCUGUCCACAUCUGGGACGCUUUCUGUGGAGACCUGCGGGCCACUUUCCGGCCCUACAACCACCUCGAUGAGCUGACUGCAGCCCACUCUCUGUGCUUCACCCCGGACGGCACUCAGCUUUUCUGUGGUUUCGACAAGACCGUGAGAGUGUUUGAAACGUCGCGGCCCGGGCGGAUGUGUGAGAACCGGCCAACCUUUGCCAAGAAACGGGGACAGAGCGGCAUCAUUUCGUGCAUCGCCUUCAGCCCCACGCAGCCGCUGUACGCCUGCACCUCCUACUUGAAGACGGUGGGCCUCUACUCCCGGGCGGAGGGCAACCCCCUGGCCUUACUGCAGGGGCACCGGGGGGGCGUCACCCACGCGCUCUUCUCCCCUGAUGGCUUCCACCUUUUUACGGGCGGUCGGAAGGAUGCAGAGAUUCUCUGCUGGGACCUUCGGCAGCCGGACAGGGUUCUCUUCUCCGCUUGCCGGACCGUGGCCACCAACCAGCGGCUGUACUUUGACCUAGAUCCAAGCGGGACUUUUUUGGUGAGCGGGAGCACCGAAGGGCUGGUCACCGUCUGGGACACCACCCGGCCCCCGAGCAGCGGCCCUCGGUCCGUGCUUCCGCCCGUCUUGCAGUUCCAGGCUCUGCAGGACUGCGUCAACGGGAUCAGCCUCCACCCCAGCGUGCCCCUGAUGGCCACGGCUUCCGGCCAGCGCAAAUUCCCUGGCCUGUGGGACAGCGGCAGCGAGGAAGAGGAGGAGGAAGAAGGGGACCUCCCGUCCGAUCGCCGUGCGACCCGCGGCGACAACAGUCUCCAGCUAUGGUGGGCUUCCUUCUCGGCGGCCGGAAGCGAGCAGCCCGAGGCCCUUCCCUGAGGUGUCCUCUCCCGCCUGGGAGCCGAGCCCUUCCUCGGUCCUGUUAGGUGACCCAAAGCCCCCCCCGGCAGGAAAAUUGUCCUUUUGUGGCGGAUGUGUGAAGGGCUGGUCUCCCCGACACACUGCAAGUCUUUGCGAGGGUGGAUGCCAGCAUGCGUGCCUUCAUAUCACGACGCUGGGUGGAUAAUGUGAAGCUUGUCCCAAAGCCGAGGGGUGUGUGUGUUGGCCUGGAACGACAACCAAAAAGCGGUGUGUUCGUGAGAAGCGACGCUUUGGGGUGGGGAACGCUCUUUUGGGGCGCCCUAUUGGGCAGUGGGGUGCGAGUGGUGCCUCUUUGACAGGAGCCGGCGGCGGCUGCGACCAACGGCGGGAAAGGUUUGGUGGUGGAGGAGGCACCAGCAACAGAUUGCCGUCUCUCUUUGCUUCUUUUUCUCCCAUCCCUCGGGCAGCUGGCACCACAUUCCUGCUCCAAAUUCCAAAUUCUUUGCUGUCUUCCACCAGGAGAGGAUAGUGCUCUGUAGCCCAAGCAUCCUCCCCAUUGAUCUCCAUGCCACACGACCCCCGGGCUGGAAGAAGCGGGAGCUAUAUUUGGGAGCAAAGAAGUAUAUACAGUAUUUGUGUGUGUGGGUUUUUUUCAUUUGGAAUAUUUUACCCUGACAUGCUGUAUGUGUCUUAGAGGGGACCCUAAAGGAGGAGAAGUGAUUCCCCCCCCAGUUGUUUUUUUUAAAACUGUUUUCUCUCCUCUCUUGUGUAAAUAGACACCCUGUUCUUCUCCCUUGCCAACGGGUUGGCCAAAGGGAAAUAAUCCUUUUUUUUUUCUCUGUGUGUUUUCUUACUGGCCUAUUUUCAGAGGACAAAAA